CCGUUUUCUCAGUUGCCUUCGUAUCUUGCAAAGCCUCCAAAAAAAGAAUCUUGCUGCUCCACUCCUCCUUCAAGCAAAUCAUUUUCCUUCUGAUCGAUUGUUUGGUUCUUAAAAUUAAACUAGACCCAUCUAAAGGGAUCUGGAACCAGCUUCGUCUCUGGCACUGCUCUAUCAAAACAGAGUAAUAAAACAAAAAAAAAGAUGGAGUCUUUAUCCUCCAGAUCCACCUCCAUAGUCUCGAAACUGAGUUUCUUGACCGUAUGGAUCGUCUUCUUGAUUUCUUCCUCUUCUUUCACUUCCACAGAAGCAUAUGAUGCGCUUGAUCCAGAAGGCAACAUUACAAUGAAAUGGGAUGUCAUGAGCUGGACUCCUGAUGGCUAUGUUGCCGUGGUUACCAUGUUCAACUUCCAGAAAUACAGACACAUUCCAUCUCCUGGAUGGACACUAGGUUGGAAAUGGGCAAAGAAGGAAGUCAUAUGGAGCAUGGUCGGCGCACAAACAACAGAACAAGGUGAUUGUUCAAAGUACAAAGGGAACCUACCGCAUUGCUGCAAGAAAGAUCCAACGGUUGUUGAUCUUCUCCCAGGGACUCCUUACAACCAGCAGAUUGCUAACUGCUGCAAAGGCGGUGUCCUCAACUCAUGGGUUCAAGACCCUGGCAAUGCGGCUAGCUCAUUCCAGAUCAGUGUUGGCGCUGCUGGAACCACGAACAAAACGGUCCGCGUGCCGAGGAACUUCACUCUCAUGGGCCCUGGUCCUGGCUACACUUGUGGCCCAGCUAAGGUUGUUAGACCGACCAAGUUCGUCACGCCGGAUACACGAAGAACCACUCAAGCUAUGAUGACAUGGAACAUCACAUGCACUUACUCACAGUUCCUUGCUCAGAGAACUCCUACUUGCUGCGUCUCUUUGUCUUCUUUCUACAAUGAAACCAUUGUUGGAUGUCCAACUUGCGCUUGCGGAUGCCAAAACAACAAAACAGAAUCUGGUGCCUGUCUUGAUCCAGAUACACCGCACUUGGAGUCUGUUGUGUCACCGCCUACUAAGAAAGGAACGGUAUUACCACCAUUGGUGCAAUGCACGAGACACUUGUGUCCCAUCAGAGUGCACUGGCACGUGAAGCAGAACUACAAAGAGUAUUGGCGAGUGAAGAUCACAAUCACAAACUUCAACUACCGGUUAAACUACUCACAGUGGAACAUGGUUGCUCAGCAUCCAAACCUAGACAACAUCACUCAGAUCUUCAGCUUCAACUACAAGUCUCUCACUCCUUACGCAGGACUAAAUGAUACGGCUAUGUUGUGGGGAGUGAAGUUCUAUAAUGAUUUUUUAUCAGAAGCAGGGCCUUUUGGGAAUGUGCAGUCUGAGAUUCUGUUCCGUAAGGAUCAAGCAACCUUUACUUUCGAGAAAGGAUGGGCCUUUCCUCGUAGGAUUUACUUUAAUGGAGACAACUGUGUCAUGCCUCCUCCUGAUACUUACCCUUUUCUUCCCAACGGUGGUUCCCGGCAACAGUUCUCUGUCUUCUCCGCCGUGCUCCUUCCUGUUCUCUUCUUCUUCUUCUUCUCCAGGUAACCUAAGAUUGCCGGUUCUGUUAAGAGUUAUGCGGCGGUUGAUUUGAUUGUAUGUUAGAGUGUGGUGUAAACGUUAUAUUCUUUUGUUUCUCAAACAAACAUUAUUAAAAUCUUUUUGAUACUUUAAUUUUUUUUAGAUUAUAUUGUUUUUUUUUCCUUGUGUCGUCUUUGUAGAAUGUCGGGGAUAAGAAAAAAGUUAUGAUGUCA